UCUCUCUCUCUCUUUUCCAGCCUGCUUGUGGUUUCCACUGAGUGCACAACCCCACACACUCCUCUCUUCCUCCCUCUUUCUCUCUCUCUCUCCCUCUUUCUCUCUCUCUCUCCCUCUCUUUCUUCCUCUUCCUCUCUGUCUGUCCCCUCCUUCUUUGUCUGCUCUACUUUCUGUGCGGCCGGCUGUUUCCACUCCAUCUCUCUCUCUCUCUUUCUCUCUUUCACUCUUUCGCUCUCUGUGUCACUCACGUCUUCACAAUAGACUUUCACUCUAACUCCGAGAUGUGGAUGAGAGCGUCAUAGAGCGAGGCAACGGGGAGAAAGGGAGCGAGGGAGAGAGAGAGGCAGCGAGAUAGAUAGGCAGAUUGAAGGAUAGAGUAAGAGGAGAGGAGAGAGAGAGGAGAGAGGUAGAGAGAAAAGAGUGUAUCUGGUGACUUGGCAACAAUGGAAACCCGAUCGGACCCCGCGGCGAGCCAGGAGCCGGCCAAAGAGGACCUGGUUGAGAGCAAGCAGAUCGAGCGCUUUGACAUCCCGCUGGACUCGCUCAAGAGGAUGUUCGAGACGCCGCCGGGAGCAGCAGCGCAGCACACAGAAGUAAAAGUGACCCACACUCCGAAGCGAUUGACACACACAUUUCCACCAGAGCCGUCGAGUGAAGAGGGAGUGCUCACACACACACACGGAGACGGGAUGGCCAGCACGCAGGACAUCAACACCUCUGCAGGCGGCGGAGAGAGUGAGGAUCCGGAAGUCGAGGGCGUCUCAGUCAAGGAGAGAAUGGCCAUGUACCAGGCAGCCGUGUCCAAGAAGGAAGCCAGCUCCACUGGGAUGGAGGAAAAUGAGGUGUGCACUGUGCCAGGUGGGCUGGCGAGCGUCAAGAAGCAGUUUGAGUCUCAGGAGUUCACGUCUUCCUCAACAUCACACAGCACUAUUAGACUACAGGAGACAUCCAGUUCAUCAACCACUCAGAGAGUCACCUUCAGUCAGAAUGAGCAGGUGAGUCGUGAGCAGGCCUUUCACCAGAACCACCACGCCACUAGCGGAUACGAGAACCAUUUUGACGAGACAGUGAGGGUGAUAGGAGGGGAGGAUCUACCCAAGGUGUCCACUCAGACCCUGAAGCAGCAGUAUGAAAAGACCAUUGAGGAGGCCGCACCCAGCAAACAAGUCAAGAUUGAUGUUGAUUACAAUGAGUUCCAAUGGGCUCCAGUGAACGUCUCCUCCAAGGUGACUCAGGAUGGACACUACGAGACCGUGGCCGUCACCAGAACAAUCGACGCCUCCUCUUCCUCCUCCACCUCAGCCUCAUCCUCUGCUAAAACUACCACUACAGUGCUCGAGCAGCAGCAACAGCAGGUGCAAGAGCAGCUAAGCUUCCCCCCUCCACCCACCGAGUUUCUCCAGGUACCCAAUGAGGUUCCUGUCCGCUGCCCCUCCCCCCAGCCCACACCAGUCCUUCCCCACGGGCACGUCUGCCCCCACCAGCUUGCCCGCGACUACCACUUCAAGCAGCGCAACUUGGCCGAGAUGAAGCGCCUCUACAAGCACAUCCACCCGGACAUGCGCAAGACCCUGGAGAAGGACAUUUACAACGAGGAGCUGUCCUGCGCUGAAUACGAGGAUGCACUGCAGCAGACACGGUCCAUGUUUGAGAGUAGCAGCAGCCCCAGCAAGUGCAUGAGCCCUGAGCGGGAAUACCUAGAGUGGGACGAGAUCCUCAAGGGAGAGGUGCAGUCCAUGCGCUGGAUGUUCGAGAACAAGCCUCUCGACACCAUCAAGGAUGAGACGCCGGACGAGGACAGCGGCAUGGAACAUGGCGGGCGGAACAUUGCACAGCAGGAGAUCAUUGCAGGAAAUGAUGUCAAGUACACGGCCUGGAUGUUCGAGACACAGCCUAUUGAUGCACUGGGCGCAGACACGCCUGACUCAAUGGAGCAGCAGAACGGCGGAAGGAUUAAGGAGCUGGCUAGAGGGGAUGUCAGGACAGCCACGUGGUUGUUUGAAACACAGAACAUGGACACACUCAACAAGAUCUACCAGGAGGACAACCAGGGCAACGAGGUGGUCUACACCAAAGACAUAUCGGGAGGCGAUGUGAAGACCGCCCGUUACCUCUUUGAGACCCAACACCUGGACUCUCUGAGCCACACAGAGACCAUUGAUGAGAGCCACUUCCUCAGCCUGAAGUCAGAGCUGGAGGAGAUCAAAGGAGAGGUGAAGAUGACCACCAAGAUGUUUGAGACUCACCCCAUGUGCGUCAUCCGUGGAGACUCUGGCGAGAUGCUAGAGAUCACCAAGGUGCGUCGGGAGGAGACAGAGAAGGGAGACGUCAAGACGUCACGCUGGCUCUUUGAAACCCAGCCUCUGGAUAUGAUCAACAAAGACCCAUCCCAGGUGAAGCUCAUCUGCGGCGUGUCCAUAGAAGAGAACCACCAGGGCGGGGUCAACAAGGGCCGCUGGCUGUUUGAGACUAAAACCCUGGACACCAUCAAAGACGAGGAGUGGGAGGGCUCCAGACAAACAAAGGAGCAGAUCAUCGGUGCGGAUGUGCGCAAGCACUGCAUGGUCUUUGAGACCCAGCCCAUGGACACUCUGAAAGACAACGCAAACGCAAGACCGACAGAGGCCACCGACAUCCUCGGAGGAGACGUGACCUCUGCCAGGCACCUGUUUGAAACGGGUCCCAUGGAUGACCUGAAAGAGCUCAGAGAUGUAGGCAAACUGCAGAAGAGAACCAUGACAGAGGAGGAGAGGGGAGAUGUCAGGCACCAGAAGUGGCAGUUUGAGACCAGGCCGCUGGAGCAGAUCAGGGAGGAGAGGAAAGAAAUCACUCGUACAGUCAACCUGGAGGCUCUGGAUAAGGGAGAUGUGAGAAAUUACAAGGAGGUCUUUGAGACAAUGGAUCUCAGCAAAUGCGACACACAGAGGAUACAGGUGGAAGGUGUCACAAGUGGCUCUGUCAGAUCCAACAAGCACCUGUUUGAGUCGACACCCAUGUACGCCAUGCAAGACAGUUCAGGCCACUACCACGAGGUUAAGACCAUCCGACGGGAAGAAGUGGUCAAGGGUGACGUGCGUAGCUGUAAAUGGAUGUUUGAAACAAGGCCAAUUGAUCAGUUUGAUGAGAGCAUAGACAAAUUCCAGAUCAUCAAAGGCAUAUCCAAGCAGGAGAUUGAAUCAGGUGAUGUGAAAACAGCCAAGUGGCUUUUCGAAACUCAGCCUCUUGAUGCCAUCAAGUACUUCAGUAGUGUUGAAGACGAGGAGAACAAGACUAAAGAGGGCGUCCAUAUUGAGCAAGGUGAUGUCAAGACGUGCAGAUGGCUGUUUGAGACACAGCCUAUGGAUGCCCUGUAUGAAAAGGCUGAGGUCAAGGAAGAGUCCACUGAGGUGCAGAAAGGAGAUGUAAAGACAUGCACCUGGCUGUUUGAGACACAGGCCCUGGACACCAUACGCGAUGAGUCAGAGACUGUACUGAAGACUUGCACAGUGGACCAAGAGGAGGUCCAGGGCAAAGACGUGCGCCUCGCUCGCUUCCUGUUUGAGACAGAAAAUCUGGAGAAUAUCACAGGAGAGGACAACAGUGACUUCAAGAGAGUAACUCAGAUUGAUAUCCAGUCUGGAGAUGUUUCCAGAAUGAAGUACGUCUUCGAGAACCAGGCAUCUGACAUCAUGACCUCCACCUCGGGGCAGACCAUGAUGAAGCUGAAGUCUCAACAAGCUGAGGACAUCCAGAAAGGAAAUGUGGUCAACUGCACCUAUCUGUUUGAGACCCAGAAUAUUGAUGCCAUCCGUGACUCAGAGGAGUCAAAAGAUGUUCGCACAGUCACAGACGUCCAGGGUGGAAAUGUCGACAAAGGACGCUUCAUUUUCGAGACUUACUCUCUGGAUAAAAUCCAAGAUGAGGCCUCAGAGACAGAGAUCAAAAAGAUUCAGUCUACCAUCAGGGAGGACAUUGAGAAGGGAGAUGUCAAGAACUACACCAUGAUGUUUGAGACCCAGCCUCUCUACGCCAUUCGAGACAAAGAGGGACACUACCACGAAGUGACCACUGUCACCAAGGAGGAGGUUAUGAGGGGAGACGUAGUCGGGGCCAGGUGGCAAUUUGAAACAAAGCCCCUGGACUCCAUUCGAGACACUGAUGAAGUUUACAUCAUCAAGGCUGUGACAGAGGAAGAUGUGCAGAAGGGAGAUGUCCGAUCUGCCAGGUGGAAGUUUGAAACUCAGCCACUGGAUGAGAUCACUGAGGAAAUGAAAGUACGUCUGAAGACUGUGGAACACAUCGAGAGUGGAGAUGUGAAGAUGAACAAACAACGUUUUGAGGAUGACCAGAGCUCCAAGUAUGUCAGAACGGUCAGUGUGAGCGAGAUUCAAAAGGGAGAUGUGCGGUCUUCCACUUGGCUCUUUGAGACACGCACCAUCGACCAGAUUCAUAGCGAGGGCUCCGAAUAUGACGAGAUGGAGAAGGUCACAAAGGAAGAAGUGGUGAAAGGAGACGUGAAACAGUCCGUGUGGCUGUUUGAGAAAGAGCCUCUGGAUCGCAUAAAGGAGAGUGACGGGACAGAAACCGUUGUCACCCGGGAGGUGAUCCCACAGGGAGAUGUGAAGAGCACAACGUGGCUCUUUGAGUCUACACCCCUCAACCAAUUCAGUGAAAGCAGCGUCGAGAGAACUGAGAUCAUUGGCAAGAGCAUUAAGAGCACCCUGGAGGAGCUGUACAGCCAGAGGAUGGUGGACUCACAGGGUAUCCUCAUUGAGACAGACGAGAUUGGAGAUGUGAGGAUGGCCAAGUAUAAACUGAUGAACCAGGAAGCACCAGAGAUCCAGCGCGAGGAGGUGAUCAGAGGCGAUUUGAACAACAUCAUGAUGAACUUGCUGAACCGCUGUGAGCGCACAGAUAAGGCCAUCACCAUCGACAUGGAGGAGAGAGGCAACAUCAACACCACAGUCAAACAGCUGUUUAACCAGGAGAAGGGAGUGAACAUGGAGAAGGAAGAGAUAAUCAGAGGAGACAUACAAGAGGCCAUCAACAGCCUGCUCAAAGAGGAAGGCGCCAACAAAAGGGGCAUCCUCAUCCAGGAGGAUGAGAAAGGAGAUGUUAGGAUGACCAUCUACUCCCUCUUGAAUAAAGAGACUGAAGAGGGCAUUGAGAAGGAGGACAUAGUCAGGGGCAACGUGAGAGGAACUCUGCACAGGCUCCUCUCCAACCCUGAUGAUUCGGAGCAGAGCAAGAUCAGAGUGGGAGAGACGGAGAGGGGAAACGUGAGCUUCUACUCCACGUGCAUUGAGUCCGGGGCACUGGAUUACCUGCGGCAACUGCAGACGGAGGCCGGUGAAACCAUAGAGGAGAAUCAGGAGAAGGAGAAGAUCAUCGGUGGUGACGUAGAGACAACCAAAAUGAUGCUGAGAAGGAACCAGAAGGAGAUUGGCCGCACGGUGACCAAUGAGGAUAUCUUACGUGGAGACGUGCACAGCAACGUGAAAGUCUUCAUGACGGCACCGACGGCUGCUCAGAACCUGCAGAAGGAGGAGGUAGUCAAGGGUGACCUGAGGGCAGCUCUCGACUCUCUCACACAAGCUGCGAACCAAAGGGUUAGCAUGGAGAAAGAGCAAGUGGUGAGAGGAAACAUAAACACCACGCUGCGCUCACUGGCGGAGGCUACCAACCAGGUGAAGGGUGUGGAGAAACCAGAAAUAGUCAGAGGGGACAUCAGAGGAGCCUUAGAGUCUCUUGAGAAGUCAGCCAACACCAAGACAGAGGUGGUGAUCGAGGACCUGGUGCCUGGAGACAUUAGGGGCACCCUAAGGUCCCUUGAGGAGGCGAAACAAGCCAUGAAGGAGGUGGAGAAGGAGGAGAUUGUCAGAGGCGACAUCCACUCAGCCAUGCGAGGUCUCCAGGAUGCCUCCUCAGAGAAGAAGAUGUACCAGCAUCAGGUCAGCGAGCAAGGGGAUGUGAGGGGCACCAUUCAGCUGCUGAUGGAGCCAGGUGCCGCCCCACGCAUGCAGCGCAGGGCCAGCACAGAGGGAGACAUCAAAACCUCCAUAAAGGCACUUUACGAGCAGGAGGAAACUCAGAUUGAGAAAGAGGAGGUGGUGAGGGGGGAUGUUCAGGGUGCCAUACACUGCCUGUUGACAAAGAAGGAGGAGACGCACACGCACAAGGGCCACAAUGUCAGGAGGGUGAAGGCUCCUCUGCAUGAGUGCCCAGAGUGUUUGGCUGCUGCCAUGGCACAGAGCAGGGCCAUGGCCAUGAUGAACCAGACUGAGACUGGAGAGACAAACAGCAGUAGCCAGGGUGUCUCUCAGACUCAAACCCAGCAGAGUUCCCAGGCUGCAGGACAGACAAGUCAAUCCACAGUCUCAGAGGCAACAACUGUCGAAACCACCUCUGAGGUUUCUCAGCAGUCUGCUCAGUCUCAGUCUCUAUCACAGACUCAGCAGCUGAGCAAGAAGCAACAGCAGCAGAUGAAGAUGAAACAGCAGCAAAACAUCAAACAACAGCAGCAGAUCAAACAACAGCAAAUGAAGCAGCAACAGCAACAGAUCAAGCAGCAGCAACAGCAACAGCAGCAGAAGCAACAGCAACAGCAAGUGAGCAAGCAGCAGCAGCAGCAGCAGCAACAGCAGCAGAACAGUGCUAAGCAACAGCAAGUCAGCAAGCAAGAAGAGAAAGUCAAACAGGAAGUGACUGUCAAGGAGGAAAUUAAUGUUCAACAACAGCAAACCAGCUCCCAUCAGCAACAGCAAAAAGUCACCCAGGCGGAGCAGCAAACAAGCAUUCAGCAUCAGCAAACAGUCACCCAGGAGCAACAGGUGAGGGAACAGCAAACAAAGGUUAAAGGUCAAAAGGAAGCAGCCAAGGUAAAGGCUGGUAACCCUGGCAACCCUGGCAACCCUGGACCCAUACAGAUCAAGAGGAAGAACACCGUGAAGCAGAAGGAGAAGGCUGAGGCCACACAGCAGGUCACCACAGCCACACAGCAGGUCGCUGCGGUGACAUCAGGCACUGUGGCAACACAGGAAACGUCCCAGGUCAAUGUUACCACAAAACAGACCCAGGAGAUAAGGACCGUCACACAGGUGCAGACCUCUGUGACGACAGAGCAGAAGAGCGUCACUCAGAAGCAGACUGUGAAGAACCUGAAAUCGGGCUACAGUGGCGGCAAGGGAAUGAUCAAGAAGAACAAGCAGCAGCAGCCUCCUCAGCCUCAGAUCGACCUGCCUCUUCCUCCUGCCUCACCUCCUCCUCCGUCCGAGUCAGAGCUCUCCCUACCUCCUCCUCCUUCUCCCAUCACAGACGUGCCUCCUCCUCUGGUGCGUCCUCAGGUAAUGAGGCAGGACAGCGACCUCCCUCUCCCUCCACCACCUCCACCCUCUACUGCGGAGGCUGAUGCAGAGUUCUUCCCCCCUCCACCUCCCCCUCCAUCUCAGGACUUCCUGCCUCCUCCUCCAACCCAGCAGGAGUUGAGCGCCGUGUCCCAGACCGGCCCUGCCAAACCCAAAUCUCGUCCCCUCUUUAAAGUCCCCAAGCCAGAGCCCCCCAAACCAGCUGAGCCUCCCAAAUUCAAAUGGCAGAAGAAGCAGCCACCAGCACCCCAACCACCUCCUCCCCCACCUACACCUCCUCCUCCAGCUCCUGUAGUGGAAAAACAGGACAUAUCUUCCACAAAAGAGGAGAGUGCCAAACAGGAAGAACAGAUGAAGACGCAAUCUGUGCCACCAUCUCCUCCUCCUCCACCAGUGUCAAAGAUUCCCUCUGGUAUCCCAGUGCCCAGGCCUGUGCAGGGGGAAUCUCCACGCCCACCCAAGAAAGUGUGGGUGCCCCCCAUAAAACUGCCACCUCCCCCUGAGACCACUGAGGCGCCAAAGCCAAAACCAUAUGUCAGGAAGUUCAAGACUCCUCUCAUGCUGGCUGAGGAGAGGUAUCGUAAGCAGAGAGAAGAAGAAGAGAAGUCCAAGGUCACCCCUCCAACAUCACCUCCACAGGUGCAAUCUCCAGUCCAGUUGCAGCCACCGGCACCACCACAGGUAACAGUGGAAGAAAAUAAGCCAGAGCCUCCCCUACCACCUCCCCCAAAAGAGCCUGAAGUUGUUGCCAAACAAUCCCCAGUUCCCAAGGAGCCACCUCCAGUCAAACCACCCACCCAAAUCCCCAUGGCCAAGCCCACAAUUGGUAAGAAAUUUGGCCAAGACUCAAAAAAGCAACAGGCUAUGUCCUCUGAAGUGACUCAAGCUGCCCAGUCUAUUUCGUCUGAUGUUCAGGCCUCAUCCAAUGUCCAAACCCAACAGCAGCAGACAGCUGUCAAGACCAGCUCUGAAACAACUGUCUCCAAACAGGAAGCGGUGGAGCAAGUCUCCAGCUCUGUAACACAAGAGGUGAAAAAGGGGGGGCCCCAACCCCCUAUGAAGAUGCCCAAGGUGACACCUAACUUCAAGGUCAAAACAUUCAAGCCACCCAAGAUCGAGGCAGAGGCCAAGCAAGAAGUAAAUGUGGCACAGAAGGAGACUGUGGUGACUGAAGCCACCACACAGGUGGGCCAGAAGACCACAGAGAGCUCCCAGAUCAUCCAGGCAAGCACAGCAGAACAGGUAUUAGAGGCCACCUCUGGAGCUACCCAUAAAACCGAGGUGUUUACGGAACAAACUGGCAAGGCCGCUGCAGCUGCAAGCACCAAAGUGGAGAUUCAGAUGAAAAAAUCCAAGCACAAGUCAAAGAAGGAGAAGGAGGUGAAACAGGUCAUGCCUAUCCAGGUCUCCCCUGUGCCCCCCAUGACCCCCGAGGUUCCACAAGGUCAGGUGAUGGUCAUCCAGUCCCAGCAGCAGCAGCAGGUUAAAGAGAAGCAUGUGCAGAUCAGAGAGGAGGUGGUGGUGACGGAGAAGCAGGUGCAGCAGCAGAGCAUUCAGCAGACGAGCAAGAUCCAGAUCAAGAAAAAAUCCCAACAGCAACAACAGAAACAGAUCCAGCAACAGCAACAGAUCCAGCAGCAACAACAUCAACAGACCCAGCAGCAAGAGGCAGAAGUCAGCACACAAGAAGUGAGCGCUCAGGAGGUGGUGAGCGAGAUCUCUCAGAGCCAGAUGUAUGAGGAAGUGCAGAAGGUGCUGAGUCAACUCAAAUCCCUGCAGGGCAAAAUGGCCACUGCACAUUCUGUGAAGGCCAUGUUGAGCUCCCUGCCUGACUGGCUGAUCACCAUGGAAGAGAGAUCACGGCUGUGGGCCGUCCAGUACAGCAAGCAGAAGGUGAAGGACGUUGUGACUCAUAUAAGGAACAUUGCUCAGUCCAAACUCAUCUUCCUGGAGGAAAACAUGCAGCAGCCGGCCAGCAAGCCAGAGCCAGAGCCCCAGCCCCAGUCUGAGCCUGUGGUGGUGCAGGCCCAAGCCGGGGGAGCGGCUCAGAAAAUAUCUAAAAUAAGCAUUGGAUCUGCAAAAAUACAGAGUCAGAAGAAAAUGAAGGAGGAGAGGAGGAGCACUCAGGAGAUUAAGGAGCAGGACGUUUCAGCAGCAGCUGCAUCAAGUACCCCAGAGCCCAAAGCAGCACCCCAAAGUGACUCCAUGCGGUUCAGAACCCCCUCCCCCACCUUCAUUAGUAUUGAGUCGUCCAGGAGGACCGACUCUCCUUUGGUCCCUCCAGUGGCCCCCUCCCCCCCACCAUCACACCGGUCAGGGGCUACACCGACACCCCCACCUCGCUGGGCGGAAACCCCCACUAAGAUGUACCGGUCAGGGGCUACUCCCUCCCCCACAAUGAGCCGAUCAUCCAAGCUGAGAGAUAACUUGGCCAAGAUGGCCCAGACGCCACCUCCAAUGCCCAUCCCCGAGCACAUGACCAUGACGUCAUCUAUCCGCGCCUCUGAGAUGGAAGCCAUGGAGACCUCAUCCGUGUCCUCCAGCCACCAGGAGUUCUGCAUGGAGACGAUGCAGUACACAGACACGAUGUUGGACCUCUCGGACGCAGAGAUUCACGGUGACUCGAUGAUGUCAGUGAAGGACAAGCAGAAGUUCUUCGAAGAGGCGCAGAAGGCGGAGGUGAACAAGCAGUACUUACGUAAGGACCCGAUCGACAUCCCUGAGCGGCUGGGAGCCGAUGGCGAGGAGGAGGAAGAGGAGGUCAUCAUAGAGGCCCAGGUGCCCUUCAAGGAGGACCUGCCCCGCAUCGACCUGUCCAGGCUCGUCAACAGGUUCGAGUCGCCACAGCCCAAGGUGUACACCCGCAAGGACCCCAUUCAGAUCCCAGAGAGGCUCGGCAGUGACACAGAGGAGGGGGACGCAGCUGAGAUCGAGCGCAAGCCCACCCCGGCUGAUGAGAUGCCCUCCUUCGACAUGAAGGCCAUCAAGAACGUGUUUGAGCUAGGGCAGCCAAGCUUCCACCACGUCCGGGAGGAGAAACGGGACAAGGACGGCUCCGGCAGCUUCUCCGAGACGCAGUCCGUCACGGAGCACUACACCACCAUGGACGAGUUCGGCAACACCAUCACCGUCUCCGGCUCCAGUACGACCUCUCAUGCAGAAAGCGUGCAGCACUCCUCCGGCAGCCCCAUGCCCGUGCCCAUCCCGAACCCGCCGAGCUACGCAGAGGUUGUUAAGGGUGGCAUGGGCGCGUCGCCCGAGCCUUCCGCCGAGGAGCUGCUGAAAGGCUUCCAGCAGUCGUGGGUCGAGAGCGAGACAGUGUUCCGGAACCUUGGCUUCAGCGCCAACCAGCAGUCGCGGAGCUCCUCUUCCUCUUCACGCACCGUGACCAGCGAGAGCACGGGUGCCCGAGUCCGAACUGUGUCGGGUAUGUCGGAAGAGAGUCUACCCCAUGGAGUCUCUGAUAGCAGACAAACAAAACUUUCAUAAGACAUGCUUCCGCUGUACACACUGUAGCAGCCAGCUAAGCCUAGGCACGUAUGCCUCUCUCCAUGGGCGAAUGUACUGCAAGCCACACUACAAGCAGCUGUUCAAAGCUAAAGGCAACUACGACGAAGGCUUUGGAGAAAGACCCCACAAGGAACUUUGGAACAACAAGAA